AUGAAUGAAAAGUUGUUGGUCCUGGUCCUUUCAUUAACCUUGGUUCCUAACGCCUUUCACUUAGGUAAGAUAAUCCAAGAGUACUAAAAAUAUUAAAAUAUUUAAACUGGCCAUAGCAAGUGAACUUUAGAUACUUCAGUACAAAUGAUUAUUCCAAUCUUAAGCAGAUAGCCAAUUGAUAGUGCAUAACGUCAUGUUUGUGUUACUUGUGUAGGCCUGAGUCACAAACACAAGACCAAACACCAUGCGUUCAGGAAGGAAAGGAACUCAACUGAUUUCGUCAAGCGAACGUCAGCUCACCUUCGAGACUCGAAAAGAAUUGUUGAAAUGGAGAAGAAAGAUACAUCUCGAAAGAGAAGAUUAUUUCCUCCUGCAAAAAAAGAUGAAAUUGCAAAGAAUGAGAUUUUAGUGAGGGAACUGGCUUUGUCAUCUUUUGCUGGAGACGUUAAAAACUCUAUGAAGAGUGUAACCGACAAGAAACACAAAAUUACGAAGAAAAUUUAUCCAAAAACAAAAACAAGACUUGCUUUACGAGCUACAUCAACAGCGAAAAGCACUCAGAAAAGAACUUCCAUAAUUUUGCCUUCAGCUACAGGAGAUAGAUCUCAGCCUGAACACGCACUUCCUAUUUCUCGUACUCUCUUCACUGCAUUGGGGCUGUUGUUGAACGAAAAGAAUCAUUUUGUUAAAGACUCCAAUGCCUUGUCCCUGGCUAAAGUGCUUCUUGACAAUGACAAGGCAGUAAGUCAAGAGCACAAAACUGUUGGUUCUGAUCCUCAAAACUCUAAAGCUGAGUAUCCUCAAGAUUUUGGGAGCAAACUAUUACGUCUUUUGAACGUUUCAUCGUUUCGGAACAGUCCAUCUGGUGAGCGGAAGUCUACUAUACAUACCGAGCUUAUCAAUCCUACAGAGUUGGGAAUCUCAAUAUUGAGACUGUUGUUUGGGCGCAAGGCACACCUUGUAACCAAACCCACAUACAAACCUUUGCUCCGGUAUAAUCCAACCGAUUCAAGUUCACGAAUAAAACUUUUACCUCAAACAAGACAGUUAGAUAAAGGGAAUGCAAUGAUAACGAAUAGGAAACAUCACAAAAAGUCAUUUUCUUUUGCCCUAGCAAAAGCUGUUAGCGAUCUUAUCAAGUCUAUGGCUAAGGAAGAACUAAAAAAUUACUUGCGAAAAAUGAAUGAUGAUCCCAAAUUUACAAAGGGUGCAUCGUUUUCAAGGGUACCUGACAGUUUUUGGCCCUCGAAGAAAGUGGUGGACGUUCAAGGGAAUCGGAAAUCGUGGGUUCUUUUAAAAAUUCCAAAAUCAGGAGAAUCAAUGGUGCCUAAUAAAGAUUUUUCCGAUGAACCUCUUCAAGAAAAAGAAACCGAUGUGGACAAUGAGACCGAAUCUGAAAAAAAGCCGACAGGUAUUGUGGAUACUUUAGGGAAACUUAACGAUGCUCAGCCUUUAUCUCAGGAAAACCUCAAUAAAGAUGUAGGUGAACCCUCAAAAGACACAGCGAAUGAAAACUUUGCGAGCGACACAAAAGUGCGGCCGACCACCAAGGCUGGUUACAGCGUGAGGAUUCUACCCUCAUUAAAAGGGACAGCUGAGAAACAAACUGAUAAAUACCACACAAAUAGGAAGCCUCAGUCUGCCACACAAACUACAGCUGCAUUCGCCGAAGCUGUCCAAAAGUUAUUGCAAGCAGUACAAUCCAGUAUCAAAAGUCUCCAGGGCAAACACGUGAUAAAUUAUCCUUCGGAUCUAAGCCCAACAGAAGAGAAUCAACAUAUAAACGUUCCGUCUACAAGAACUGGAAGUGUAAGAGCCAUACAAAAAGACCCAGUUUCUGUACAUUACGUUGAACCCACGAUAAAGACUCAAUUUAUGCAAGAUAUUCCUGUCCAUGGGAAAGCGAACUCCGUAGAACUGUCCGCUCUAAUCAGAGAAGCUGGGCAAGAAGAUCGGAAGCCUCAAAAGGAUCGAGCAAAUGCGCUCUUUGACCCAUUGAAAGACCUAGAAAUAUCACCAUCUGAACCAAUUACAAAAUCAAAUUCCCCGACGAAAGCGCUCGGUCCAUCUGACAAUGUCCUUUUUGAGUCUGCCACAGAGAUCGGAACUCCAAGAGACAAGCAAGAAUUAUCCACAGUACAGCACAUCAAGGAAGGUAACGUUCAACCGUUUUUGCUCUUUUAAUUUAUGUUGUUAUCAUCCUUUGUCUUUUUGAUAUUGAUGCUGUCGAGGUCUGGUUUAACCGCACUAUUCUCUUGUUGACUAGAUCUUGAAACUUUUGCUGAGAAGGGCCUUCAAACUCAUAAUCACUAUCGUCAAGAACACCACUCUUCUAAUCUUCGUUGGUCAGACGUACUUGCUACGCAAGCAGAAAAAAUGGCAUAUGAUAUGGCCAUGAGGGGAAUCGUCGAACGCUCAGAAUUAGCAACGUCGAUGGGUUAUGGAGAAAAUGUGGCAAAAAUCACAGGCGUCCCAUUCAACGACGCUGGAGAAGUGGCAACUAAUCUUUGGUACAGCGAAUCACGUAAUUAUAGUUAUUCGUAUCCACGAGUAAUUCCACAGACUGACGCAUUCACUCAACUGGUCUGGAGAGGAACGAAAGAGAUAGGCAUGGGAUGCGCCAAGGAUGUUGCUACUAAUGAUUUGUAUGUGGUGGCUUUGUAUAAACCUCCAGGGAAUGAUCGGCGACGUUUACGAGAUAAUGUACUCAAUAAAGGAACUAUGACAGAGGACGUUUACGCCACAAUAUUUAAGAGGGCAAAAAUGCUACCAAAUACAACCCUUAAUUGAUAUACCUUGUUUAUUAAAAGCUUGAAAAUAAAUACUUUUAUUUGUUUUCAUGUUUGUUUAUGGAUGAAAGACUUGGUAACAGUGAGACGAAUUUUUUCGAGAAUGAUACAGAAAAAGGC